UAGAUGAUGCAAUUAACGCAUCGAACUCUACCUUUUCGAGUUUUUAGGUCAAAAACAUAACAAAGAGAGAACGAGAGGAAGGGGCACAACCGCACAAGUAUCGAACUCUACCAUUAUCGUUACUGUAAAUUUGCAGUUCUAGGCCUUUUUUUUCGCAUCUGUUCACACCAUCCCUCGUUGGUCAGUGAAAGGGCAAGAAGACGAAUUCGUUCUAAUCCAAGUUCGAUUGGUCAAGGAAGGAAAGGUUGUCUUUCUAAACAUCGAUCUAUCCGGUCACCUAAGAGAACUCUACCUAUUCAACUCAAUAUCGAGUAGAUAUUAAUUUUUCUUUUGAGUAUCCAAACAACAAAAGAUGGGAGAAAGGAAAGUAUUAAACAAAUACUAUCCGCCAGAUUUUGAUCCUGCAAAGUUACCCAGGAGGAAGCAACCCAAGAAUCAACAGAUUAAAGUUAGGAUGAUGCUUCCAAUGAGCAUCCGCUGCAACACUUGUGGGAAUUACAUUUACAUGGGAACCAAGUUUAAUUCACGGAAAGAAGAUGUGAUCGGGGAGACAUAUCUGGGAAUCCAAAUUUUUAGGUUCUACUUCAAAUGCACAAGAUGCUCAGCAGAAUUGACAAUGAAGACUGAUCCACAGAAUUCAGACUAUGUUGUUGAGUCAGGGGCAACUCGUAAUUUUGAGCCUUGGCGUGCUGAAGAUGAGGAAGCAGACAAGGAUCAGAAGAAAAGGGAUCAGGAAGAGAUGGGAGAUGCAAUGAAAUCUCUGGAAAAUAGAACACUGGACUCCAAGAGAGAGAUGGACAUACUUGCUGCUCUGGAUGAAGUGAAGUCUAGGAAGUCUCUACAGGCUACAGUGACUGUAGAUGCAAUGCUUGAGGCCUUGCAGCGUACCGCUGAGGAAAAGGAGAGGCAACUGGAGGCACAGGAUGAAGCUCUCAUAAAAUCCAUUUUUCAUCAAGCACCAAAAGAAGUUGUUUGGAGGAUCCAUGAUGAAGAUGUUGAUGAAGAUGACGACAUGUACCAGCUUCCUACUAAGAGUGGUGGAACUUCUAAUGGUGAUUUGAAGAGAAAAAAUAUUUCUGAAGAUCUUGGGAUUCCAACAGAUUCGUUGACAAAGCACAGUGUUGCUGAGAACUUCAGUAAAAAAGUUAAAUCUGGUGGGACCGAGGAUGCAAACAAGCAGAAGUUCGUCUACAAAUCUUCUACUGUUAGAAUAUCAGUCAAGAAGAAGCCUCUUGUGGCACCUACUACCUUGGAAAAGGGUAAAGCAAGAGAAGAGUCAAAGAAUCAAGAUGUAUCAGAGCCUAAAGCCAAAGAUACAACAGUAAGCACGGGACUCCAGUCAUUAUUGCAAAGCUAUGACUCUGACGAAAGCGACUGAAAUUGUUCCUAGAUUCAUAGUCCUCAUCUUUCAUGUUGAUGAGACUAGCCCUCUUCUCUUCUUAGUUGUAGGAGGUUUGGCAAAUUUGCCCAGUCUUACACCUUGGGGAGCAGAAUAAAGGACUAAUGUGUUUGAAAAAGAAUUAUUACUUUAUAAUUGAUAUAAUUGUCUCACUUACUUUAAUACUAGCAGUUAUUAUUUCAUUUCAA